GGAGACCAGAUAUAGUGAAUGCAGGGUCUGGGGAGACCAGAUAUAGUGAAUGCAGGGUCCGGGGAGACCAAAUAUAGUGAAUGCAGGGUCCGGGGAGACUAGUUAUAGUGAAUGCAGGGUCCGGGGAGACCAGAUAUAGUGAAUGCAGGAUCCGGGGAGACCGGAUAUAGUGAAUGCAGGGUCCGGGGAGACCGGAUAUAGUGAAUGCAGGGGUCCGGGGAGACCGGAUAUAGUGAAUGCAGGGUCCGGGGAGACCAGAUAUAGUGAAUGCAGGGUCCGGGGAGACCGGAUAUAGUGAAUGCAGGGUCCGGGGAGA